AUGGGUCACCCCUACAAGGCACGAUUAAAUGGUCUCUUCCUUACAAGGAGGGAAACUGAAUUUCACUAUUCGAUUUUUGCCCCAGAUGUGCAGAUCAAACGGACGCUGCAGUACACGUCGGGAUCCAUUUCUGCUUUAACAGGGCUCAAACAAAAACACAGGUCAGCAGCAUAUCAAGGACUUCUGCUGGUUGGAUGCUACAAUACUGUCAGCAGCUGCAGGCUUUUUGCUUCUGUAGGUUGUGCUUUUGCAGAAUGUGAACACAACCUCAGGUGUCUCCGCAGCCUGUGGCAGCUCAGAAUCGUGACAGUUCUAUUUCAGCCAGCGUCUCGGUACAUUCUGCCUUUGCUGGCACUUGCUUGGAGAACGCUGGUGCUUUACUUUUCGGUGCCCGCAUCUCGAAGAUAUCGGGGUUCUCGAAUUGAUAGAGAAGCUGGUAUUGGAAUCCACCUUCUGCACAGUUCAGACCAGCAAACAGAAGUUAUAUUAAUUCUACGAUUUUACAAUGACCGCGACAAAGGAACAACAGAACCAGAGGGGAAACCAGCAACAAGAGCAGUCGGCAAUGGAAGGGCCUGGACUCGAACCGGCGAUGUCCAGGAUAUAGGGCACGUCCUGCACUCCACACCGAGCGCAUUUACGCCAUUCGGGAGCCUCCCAGAUCUGGGAGGUGGCAGCCCUCCGGAGAGGAACUGGAAGGGGAUUGCCAUUGCACUGCUGGUGAUCCUUGGGGUCUGCUCCCUCAUUACCAUGUCUGUAAUCCUUCUAACUCCAGAUGAAACUUUAAAGGGGAGUGAAACCAAACUAUCCCUGGGAGAUCUUUUUAAACCAGAGUUUGCUGUCCAUGAUCCUGAAGUAAAGUGGAUAAGUGACAAAGAAGUGGUGUAUAGAAACAGAGAUGGCCAUGUCAUCAAGUUCAAUGUAGCAAAAAAUGAAUCCAAGAUACUACUAGAAAACAGCACCUUUGUGACAUUCAAAGUAGCAAAAUACUCCAUCUCUCCAGAUUUGAAAUUUGCUCUUCUUGCUUACGAUGUUAAACAGGUAUAUCGGCAUUCAUACACUGCAUCCUAUGUUAUUUAUAACAUACAUACAAGGGAAGUUUGGGAGCUUAACCCCCCCGAAGUGGUUGAUUCAGUGCUGCAACACGCAGCAUGGGGAGUACAGGGACAGCAGCUGAUAUACAUAUUUGAAAAUAACAUCUACUACCAAUCUGAGGUAAAGAGCAGUUCGUUGAGACUCACAUCAUUUGGAAAAGAAGGAGUCAUUUUUAAUGGAAUUGCAGACUGGUUAUAUGAAGAAGAAAUACUGCAGUCCCAUGUUACACACUGGUGGUCCCCAGAUGGAGAAAGGCUGGCGUACCUCAUGAUUAAUGACUCCCUGGUAUCAAACAUGGCCCUUCCUCGUUUCACUGGUAGUCUUUAUCCCAAAGGAAAGCUCUAUCCUUAUCCUAAGGCAGGACAGAUGAACCCUACUGUAAAACUCUUUGUUACAAAUCUGUAUGGACAAACACACACCCAGGAACUGAUGCCACCAGCCAGCUUUAAAGCCAGGGAUCAUUAUGUGGCCAUGGUAAAGUGGAUCAGCAACACCAAGACUGCAGUGAGGUGGUUAAAUCGCCCUCAGAAUGUCUCCAUUCUUACUAUGUGUGACACAACGACUGGAGCUUGCAGCAAGAAACAUGAAGUGAUGUCUGAAAUCUGGCUUUCUAAGCAGACUGAAGAGCCAGUGUUUUCCAAGGAUAGCAACAAAUUCUUUCUGAGUGUGCCAGUAAAACAGGGCGGGAGAGGAGAAUUCCAUCACAUUGCUAUGCUUACUACUCAGUCUACAAAUGAACAGAUCAGUGUCAGGCAUCUGACAUCAGGAGACUGGGAAGUUACUAGAAUCCUAGCUUAUGAUGAAAUUCACCAGAAGAUCUAUUUCCUAAGUACUGAAGGUUCUCCAAGAAAAAGACAACUAUACAGUGUUUCUACAAUUGGCUUGUUUCCUCGCCAUUGUCUGAGCUGUGAAUUUAACGAGCCCCAGUGUACAUACUUCAGUGCUGACAUCAGUCCCAGUAAUCAGCACUUCGUCUUGCACUGUAAAGGUCCAGGAAUUCCAGUUGUCACUUUACACAGCAUGAAUAACCCUAAAAAUUACUACAUGCUUGAAAAUAACACUUUGCUUAAAGAAGCAAUGAGAGAAAAACAGAUUCAACAGUCAGAGUUCAGAGUUGUUUCCACUAAAGACUUUGAGCUGCCUCUGAAAUUAUCAUAUCCGAUGGACUUCUCUGAAGCUCAGCGCUAUGGCCUGCUCUUUCUUGUUGAUGGCGCUCCCGGCAGCCAGCUGGUAACUGACAGGUUUCUCCUUGACUGGGAUUCAGUGCUUGUCAGCUCUCAUGAUGUCAUCGUAGCUCGCUUUGAUGGCAGGGGAAGUGGAUUCCAGGGGGAGCGGGUCCUGCAGGCAGUCCAUCAGCAGUUAGGAAUCGUUGACGUACAGGAUCAAAUUGCAGCUAUAGAGUACUUAAAGAAACUGCCAUACAUUGAUCCUGACAGGAUUGGGAUCUUUGGAAAGGGUUAUGGUGGAUACAUUGCAUUAAUGAUGCUCAAAUCAACUGAUGAGCUUAAGUGUGCAGUUGCAAUGUCACCAGUAACAGAAUGGAAAUUAUAUGCAUCUGCAUUUUCUGAGAGAUACUUUGGCUUACCAUCAAAAGAAGAAAGUUUUUAUCAAAUUUCCAGCGUGCUUCACAAUGUGCAGGUCUUGAAAGAAAAGAAUGUGAUGUUAAUACAUGGAACAGCAGACGCCAAUGUACAUUUCCAACACUCAGCAGAACUGAUUAAGCAUUUAAUAAAAGCUGGUGCAAACUACACUAUGCAGAUAUACCCUGACGAAGGACAUUUUAUAUCAGAGAGAAGCAGACAGCACCUCUACAGUAGGCUCAUUACAUACUUCAGAGAAUGUCUUAAGGAAGACACGUUAUUAUUACCAGAGGAGCCAGAAGAGGAGGAAUAGGUCAGGAGGCCACUGGAGGACUUUAUAAUGUGUUUCUGUAAUGACUACUGGAGCCUUGAAGGCUCUGAAUCAAGCAUUAGCUAGAAACAACUGUUGGAGUGCAGCUGCUGCUGAAUUUAUAUGAGUGGAACAGCAACAGUAAAGAUAUUCGGCAAACAAUCUGGAUUUCACAUAUCAGGCCCAUCUUAACCUUCAAAUCAGAAGUCUCUUUUGGAAGGGCACAGGUCUGCUACUUCCUCCACUGAGGAUUUAGUUUUACACACAUAGUUAAGUGCAUGGUUAUUUUGUUUAGCUUCACCGUUUUUCUCAUGUAAAUAUUUGUUGUAGUAGCAGUUCAAAUCAAAUGACGUAUCGUUUUCCCUUUUGUGUAAAUGCACAAUGAAGUGCUACACCUACCUAGUCAGAAGUGAAAAUUCAAUGUUACUGUGACACCUAAAAACAAGUGCAAUUCCUUCACAACCCAUACUCACAUUCAGCCAAUAAAGACACAUUAUUUUAUACAAUACCGCUGUGUAGGUCUGUCUGUAUAAUACAGUAUGUCUCUUAUUACAAAUGGUUUUCAGGAGAGGAAUCCUGGAGAGGUAUCCAAAUGAUGGCCUGCCCUCUUUAAACAUAAAUGCCUAAAUUCAUGGUCAGGCAUAAUGUGACACUAGCAUUCAGUUUCAUCCUAUAGGAUUUCAUUUUAAUUAUUGCUUUAAAAAAACUUUUAAAAAGUACCAAGAAAGAAAAAUACCAUGGUAACUGUGUAAAUAAUGAGUGCUAACACUGAACAAAAUACCCCAAAAAUUAAUCACACUUCUAAUCAUGACUGAUCAAUAAAGGGAAAUGUUGUUCUGAGAGGUCCAUGUGGGUACAUGUGAAGCCAU